GAACCGGGAGCAGUAUCGCUAGUAGAAAAUUCGUCCAACUGAAUCAUGGAGAAUCACGCUGACCUGACAGAAAAUGAAAUGAUGGGCUCUAACUGUCAGUAUUCAUACAAAACCAGUCAUUACAUUGGAAGAGGCGCAUUCGGAACGGUAUACAAGGCCACUGUUGAGGAACGUGGAAAUUUUGAUGGUGAUGAAACGGUUGCUGUACAGGUUACUCAUUUGGACAAGAACGUAGACUUAGUGAUUACUAAUACAAGCUGGGUUAAGCUGCGCGAAAGAUGGAGCAAACUCCUAAGUUUAAGGCAUGAUCACUUAUUGGUGUACCAUAAAGUUUCCGUAUUCAGGGCGCUUAAGGGCCUGUACGUCGAAUUCGUUAUGGACUACUGUCGAGAUGGAGAUCUGGCGCUAAUCAUGGCCAAACUGCGAAAAAACCAAAUGUUAUUGGAGCAAGCAGCAGCCAUAUGCUAUGCGGUUCAAAUCGCUGAUGGGUUGGAGUUUUUACAUAAAAACAACAUCAUUCACGGUGAUAUCAAGCCGGAUAACAUUUUCGUCAAUCGAACGUAAGAUCAGCACCCAGUUUUAGUAAUCGGAGAUCUGGAUGAUGUGGUACCAAUGCGUCACGGAGUGACCAGCUCAAACGAUAUUCCACAUUUGCGAGGGAGCAUCCGUUAUAUGUCUCCUGAGAUGUUAAGGAAAUUUGUACAUGAACCAUAUGAUACUCCAGGCCGGGCUACGGACAUCUGGAGUUUAGGUUGCAUCAUUCAUGAUCUAGCCGAUCGUUGUUUCGGAAUCGAAAGACGAGUGAUGUAUAAGAUGAAUUCGCUGUCCAUAUACGAUGGUAUAAUUAUUGAUAUAGUACAAAGAAGGAAAUGAUUGCCACGAAAAUUAUAGAUGGAUAUGUCCCACUUAUCAGCGAAAUAGUUUCCCCGAUAUUUACGGAACUCAUUGAAUUGUGCUUACGAAAGGAAAGCAAGUCUAGGCCAUCGGCAGAAAAUUUAAAAACCCUUCUGCUUGAUAAUAUGCCGGUAAUAACAAUUAGCAACAAAAGCCCUCGUAAUUUUGGCACUCGUACCUCGCGAUGUAUUUGCGGAAAUGGUUCGAAUAUUCAUGAAUUUUUCCGCCUGGGUUGUCAAGAUGCUACCACCAAACCAUCCGAUAAUGGAAGGCUUAAUGGAAUUAGAGAGGAAUCAGGCCAAGCUCCCGCCUCCAGGUUGCCGGCGGAAAAUAAUGGAGUAAUCUCACCACGUCGUCCGGCUUCUCCUGUGCCUUUUUUCAGAACUCAUCUGGAAGAGCAACAAGAGCAGCUGCUUAUUACAGAGGGACAAACACACAGCAAGACUCACAUAAUGAGUUCCUUAUCGCCGGCCAGUGUCGACAAUAGCGGUCACGGUUUCACUUCGCCGGAUGUGCCGGUUGGGUCCAGCACCCGACCUUAUAGAGCAGCACCGCCACCACCGAAUACUUUACACCGUUCUUUACCGCAGCUUACGGAGAAUCUGCCACCGGCGGAAGAUGUACAUGCUGCAUUACGCUUACCGCCCGAACGUACCGGUUAUUUGAACCGGUCGUACAGUGCGCAAACCGUCGUUACGGUACCGGAUAGAGUGAGUACCGCAAAACUAGCUCCUAAUUCGUCAAGCCAACUCCAGUUUCAUAGGCCUGCACCGCCACCACCGCUGCUCAAAUCGCAGAUUAGUUUGCCUUCAAUUAUUUCGAGCGGAACGGUGGUAGUUGCUCGAAAAUCCACAGCCCCAUUACCGCAUUACCGAGCCGAAAAUCUCAAGCGGGUUAAAAGCAAGUCCCACAGUGCACAAAGCAUGGUCACGAUGCCGCAAACCGGAAGGGCUUUUGGGAAUUUUUUGCCAAGCCAGCUUAUAAUCAGCAGACCGGCACCACCGCCACCUGUUGGUCAACAUCGCUCGUCAUCACUGCUGACAGUUCCGUCACCGACGUCACGAGAAACUGCAACACACUCAUGGCCAAGACAAAUGAUGACGCACAACGAAACUGUUCAGCGUUCACAAAUAAAGAGACCAUCAAAUCAACGGAUACCACCUCCUCCACACCCGAAUGCGCGUACAUCCGGUGUUGUAAGCAAGACUGCGAUGGCUAAUGACCCAGGUACAGCAAACGACGAAAUACAUACAGGAUUCGCGCCUUCUCCCGAACGCUAACAGAGCCAGACCAUGAUAAAGAAAUCUCCUCCCACUCACGCUGAUCGCAAAGUUGACAAGAGAAGCGCUACAUUCAACGUACCCCAGAAAAGGAGCGCAACCUCUCAGUCAUCCAAGCGCAGAACAUCUGAGCGCAAAACGACAUGGUUAUCUAAGAUUGCCAAGCCGUUAGGAGUUGAGCGGGCUAGACGGGAAACCUCACCGUUGACAGCCGAUAAAAUCAGCUUGCCGCAAAAGGGAUCAUUCCAGCAUACUGCGCACAUUGGGUGGGAUCAACAAAAAAGGUGUUACAGUUAUCACGGUGACAUUUCUUCGGAGGAACUCCAAGCAGCACAGAUGAGCAGGUUAUUGGAAUUAUGGAAGCCUGAAAAAACCAACGUUUCGGAUUUGGAGUAGAAUCUUUGUUCCGUGAUACAAUUCAGUGCAAACAUCGGUUUGGGAAGUGGGAUUCAGUAAACGUAAAAACUGUCUUUCUUCGUGGAAAAUGAUGUCGAAUUUUGUGGAACUGCUGAUUCAGCUUUCGACGAUGAUGGUAUCAAUAUGGCGAAACUAACAAUAAGGCUAACCUUUUCAGUACAUUUUGCGGGAUGGCUAAAGCUACACAACCGAAUGGGUGCUGUAAUUCAUUCAUACAAAAUUUCUCUUUAAGUUUCUGAAUUUUCACGCGGUAAUAUAUUUUAGAUUUGUAUUAGCGCUUU